AUGGGCCCCAAACGCCCCGCUAAAGGCAAGGGAAAGAAACCUGACGCCGGAGCUUCUCAAAGCUCUCCCCGUGGCGCUGAGGCUGCCCCGGUGCCUGGCCCAAGCAAUGCCACUGCUGCCACUCCGUCUGGCCUCGCUCGUGGUAGUCGCCUUGCCACUGUGGUCCAACCCCCGGAGAACCCUUUGCGUCAUGCGCGCCUCCCACCCGUUGACACGAUGUCAGAGGUGAUGUCUUCGCCCUUGAAGCCCCGCCGCGCCAAGCCGAAGGUCGCCAUGUGUCUCCGUUGCUCUAAGAGAGUGUACAAGGAUCGUGAGGAUAUGUGCUGCUCCCGCGUCAAUGCUAUGACCCGCUGCACAUACUGCCAGGAACAUCGGGCGAACUGUCUCCCCUUCAAUCGCUUGAUGGCAGCAUUUGAGAAGUACCAGGGCGCCGUCGAUCCCAGCAUCCCUCGCCCAAACUUCAGCCAAAUGACCGCGCACCGCCGCGCCAAUGUUUUGGAGGCGCUUCAGCUCCGCUACACAAAGUUUGUUGAGGCUGGAAAGAACGUGAUGCGUCGCCGCCUGCUCGUUGGGGAGGAUUCCAAGCAUCAGAAGGUGAACACUGGCCUGGCGAUGCUGGAGAUCGCCUCUGACAUUCGCGGCCUACGCCGUACCAUGAGGCACGCGAGUGACAUCCAGAUGGCGCUGCACGUCCACAACCCUACCGUCGCUGCGACUGAGGAGUACGAGUCGUCUGGUAGCGAGGGUGAGGAGGACCCGCUGGUGGAUGAUGAGGACGCUGAGGACUGGGAGCUGGCGACCGUUGUGGCCUCUGAUGCUGAGGAGGAGGUUCCUGAGGAAAUGGACCAGGACGCGUAG